GGUAAGCGCUAGUUGGGGGAAGGGAGGGAGCCAGCCUGCAGGGAAGCAACUUCUGUAGCCUCUUCUUUUUUUUCCUUUUUUUAUAUUGUGCCUGCCCCCCCAGCAACUUGCAAUCGUUCAUCCCGGGCUGAGGAAACAAAAACAAGGCUCCAGUUGGGGGAAAGAAAAGCUUCAGUGCGGGGGGGGGGGCUGAAUAGAGAGCAGGAAAGAGCCAGAACUGAUUAUUCAUUCAGGUUGGAAGCAGGAAGCGAGGGAGAGAGGGAGGCAGCGGCUCAGUCACCUCUAGCAUUGCAGCCAGGAGAUCGGCUCCUGCCUACCAGGAAGGGGACACAAUAAGGAACCGGGCACCUGCUGGGAAUCGCGGACGGGCCCAUUCCUUCUACUAUCGUCAUUUAGCCUGGAAGUUCGCCCCUAGCUGAGCAGGUGGUUUGUGGGAAACUACUGAAAGUGCCAGAAGAGAUGAAGCAGGUCCCGGGCUGCAGAUCGCAACUAUCUUAGUUAAUCACUGCCGGAUUGCGGCCCGGGGGGGCAUUUGUGUCGUGCUGAUGGCUUUAGCCCCUGGGCACUGGGGGCAAUGGUCAGUGCGUGGGAGUCAGUAGGAGCCCCCGGAUGAACUUCAUGGACUUUGUUUAACUGUUGAAUUUUUUAUUUUUUUUUACUAGGUGCCCUGUUUGGGGACAUUCUCAGAGGGAGUUUUAUCAGAGAAACUUGUCUUUGGCCAGUCGAUAGAAAGAAGGACCAACACACAAACAAUAGAUAAUGGAAAGAGAAUCGUGUUUCUUUAGGCAGUUGGAUCUUGUUUAUGCAGUGGGUGCAUGUUGGUGUUAGGCUGCCUGCAAUGUUUUACCUCUGCCUGGGGAUUUGCUUCUAGGAGGAUCUGUCAUUCAUCGUCUGCUACUCCUGGACAGCACAGUGUUGGCUUGGGGCACGGCUACCAGCAUGGAGCCCAGAGCUGGGCAGGAGAGGUUUCUGCCUGAGGAUACAAGGGUUUAUUAUGGUUUGUUGGAUCAAGGGCACACAGUGGUGGAGAGGAAACUAAUGGAAGGCUACAGGCUGGUGGAUGUUAUUCUUACUGGAGGGGCUCCUUGGGGAUUUACUUUGAAAGGUGGCAAAGAACAUGGAGAGCCUCUUAUCAUUACCAAGGUGGAAGAUGGAAACAAAGCUGCUGACAUAUUAAUGGCUGGAGAUGAAAUUGUCAACAUAAAUGAUCAGCAGCUUUUAGGUUAUCGUCAGGAGGCAAUAUGUCUGGUUAAAGGAUCACACAAGAUUCUAAAAAUGAUAGUAAAACGCUCUUCAUCUCAUGAUCUCUCAAAUCCUUGGGACCAAACAAGCUUGCAAAGAAAUUCUGGACAUUUUAGCUCCAUGGGGAGUAUGGACAGUAUUGACCAAACAUAUCAGUUUGGAAGACUUUCAUCUGCUAAAUCAAAUAACAGUAUAGAUUAUGUAGGAAGCCAGAAUAAGAGAGACUCAGCAUAUGGUUCUUUUUCUGCAAGUUUCAGCACUCCAGAUCAUACCUUAUCUAAAACUGCUUCUGCAUCAACAGAAAAUAUUCUAUAUAAGAACAAUGAGUGGGACAACACAAAGCUAGGUUAUGGCAAGACAAGUCCAUCUAUGAAUGAAGUCAGACGUUCUGCAGAUAGACAGGUAUUACAGUCUACUUCUAUUAAUGAGACAAGCAAAAUACAGAGGACAGAAGAUAACACUGAACCUAGAUAUUCUGGGCGAUCAAACUUUGGUCCUGUAUGGAAUAUUCCUGAUAAAAAAAAGACAGCCUCACCUCCCCCUCCACCACCACCACAGCGCAGUGAUAGUUAUGCAGUCACUAAAAUCCAUGAGAAGCCUACCAACCUUAUGCACUUGGAUGCUUCAAGCACUCAGCACUUUAAUGUUGCAAAUAGGUCUCAAGCAAAACCUGACUGGAGCUUAGAAAUAUCUGAACAACAAAGACCUAUAAGAGCACAUGACAGGACUGUAGCUGAUACAAGAAGAACCAGCAAUUCCUCUUACCAUGCUGGCUUAAAUGCAGAUCAAGGGUUGUCCCCCUAUAAGGACAAAUAUCCAAGUAAUUUGCCCAAUGUCAGUAGAAUACAGGCUUCAUUAUCUACCAAUGAUGUCAGGUUUGCACAACCUGCUUACAACUAUCAUCACCAGCGGCAAUACAGUGAUGAAAGCACUCUUUUUCAGAGCACAAGAACAUCAGCACAGCAUAAAUCCCAACAACAGCCAAUGAAAUAUGAAUCUAGUGUAAAUCAGGUGCCAUCUGAUUUGACUUAUGUUUACCAUCCUCAUCAAUUUAGAGCACCUGCUACUUCUGCAGGUUUUAGUAGUGGGAAACAAAAUGUAGAAAACAAUGGGCAGAACCAUUUUCACGUUGUGAGUAUAAAACAUCCUCAGGGAAAUACAACACACCAUCAGUUCAAGGAGGAGGAAAACUAUGCACCAGAGGUGAACUCUGGAAGAAAAUCUGUCCAACCUGAAAAUACUGUCAUUAGCAUUGAAAUACCAGCUUACAGUCUACCUCAGGAAAGUUUUGAACCUUCACAAAUAAACUGUGAAAAGAACUACCUAAAAAUAUCUGAGAAAAAGGAUAAUUAUUUAGGUAAUAAUGAACAAAUAAUCAAUAAAACCACUGGAUAUUCAGAAGAAAAAUGUAACGACAGAUUUAGCCAGCUGGACCAUUCUGAAAAAGGUUCAUAUAGAUCAAGUCAAGAUUAUUCUUGGAGAAAGGAAGAAAAUAAGAUAACACCUCUAGUAACACCAAUGUUGCAUUCUUUAGCUCAAGAAGGAAGAAAUCGAUCUGAAAGUUUCCCAGAUACUGGAAAUGAAAAACUGUCUUUUCCAGAUGCGGGCAAACAGUCUCGUAGAAGUGAUCGGUUUGCAACGACUCUGAGAAAUGAAAUUCAGCAGAGGCGAGCUCGUCUGCAAAAGAGCAAAAGUACAGCUGCCUUGACCGAGUCAAACGAAACAGAGACCUCUGACAACUGGAAACAAGACUCACUGGAAAGCAUGAGCCCAACUUCUGAAGGUUCUUUUUCAAGCACCUACAGAAGUCAUCUGCAAGAAGCCCAGGCCCGUGUUUUAAGAGCUACUUCCUUUAAAAGAAGAGACCUUGAUACAGGUAUUUCUGAUCAUCUUUCACUGUUUCAAGAUCGAAAUAUGCAGAUCUCAAGCUUUUCAGGCCUAUCUUUAGAUCCUGUUCAACCUAAAAAAAACACAGCUGUUAACAGCUCACAAAAUGUAUCUCGUAUUGGAGCAAGAAAGAGGUUCACAACUCAGCAGAAGCUGAUGUCCUACUCAGAGCCUGAGAAAAUUAAUGAAGUUGGUGUUGAAGACCAAUACAAUUUCCGUACUGAAAAUUCUACUAAAAGAACUGUGGGAUCUUUUGCAGACAGAUGGAAAUUCUUUGAAGAGACCAGCAAAUGUGCACAACCAAAGGUUCCACCAAAAGUUGUUUCUUCUAGCCAGUCAGAAGAAACUUCUGAAAUAGCCAUUAACAGGGAUUAUGCCAAGAGUUCUGAGGGGCAAGAGAGCAAAAGGGCUUUGGCAGUGUCUGGACAAAAUCCUGCUGAUGAAAACGGCUUCCCUGAUAAAGUUACAACAGAACGUCGUCAAAGAUUAGGGACUUUUGCAGAAUAUGAGGCAUCUUGGAAAGAACAGAAAACACAGCUGGAGAGAAAAAAUUCUGGCAGAUGUCAUUCGGCUGACAACAUCCUUGAUGCUGAUCUUGAGCAGAAUCCUAAAGCUCAGUAUAUUCAUGAGCGGUCCAAGUCUUCUCCUACCACAGAUUUUUAUGCACAGGCAGCAGCCGUUGAGUCAAAGCAGCAGUCAGAGAGCGUGAGGAGAGACACCGAGAAUUCUAACUCGACACACUGCCGCAGUAGCACAGGGGAUUCUCCCACAAGAACUGUUGAAGCUGGCGAUCAGUGUGGUGCUACCAAUGAACAAGAGGUUUUAACCUGCAAUACUAAAUGGAAGCCACAUGAUAAAUCGUUUCCGAUCCCAGAAACAUCCAAUGAAUCCCAGCAGAGCAGAGCAAGAUCAGGGACGCUACCAAAUGAUUAUAGAUUUGCUCAUGAAAAUGUGAAUCAAGGAAAUCGGGAUAUCAGCUUUUCUGCUGUUCCUAUAUCUGAAGCCUGCCCUGAUUUCUCCAAUGCAGACAGCGAUCAGUUGCAAGAUCACCCAUCUGUGUUUAAGAAGCGCAGUGCUGCCCCACAAAGGCCUCCUCCGCCUAAACUUGAAAACAAAUAUUGGCGGCAGAAUGGCUCCUCAUCUUCCCUUGCCACAUCCUCAGAGUCAUUGCUGACAGCCCAAGCCAGGAGGGCACAAUCCUAUUCCCCUAGCAGCCAAGACACAUUUCCUCCUCAGUCUCUUCAGAAACAAAGCCCAAGUACAUAUCCUGAUAAGAAUCCUAGCAUUCAUAUAUAUGAUUAUCAAUUAUCUGUGCCACCAGAGAAUGACAGGUAUCAUCUAGAAAAGAAAUACUUUGAAUCUGAACUGUCCUCAAAGUCACACUUGCAGAUUCCUGGAAUGGAACCGUCUCGAUCACCCUCUCCUCAGUUUGCUCCACAGAAGCUUACAGACAAGCCUCCCCUUCUGGUUCCAGAAGAAAACUUGUCAAGGAUUGAAAGGGUGAUCGAUAACACUACAGUGAAAAUGGUCCCCAUAAAGAUUGUUCACUCUGAAACUCAUGCUGAGAAGGAAAGCAGACACAAUUUGCUGAGUGCUAUUGAGCCCACUGCCUUACCAACUGGUCUUGCCAAGGACCAACUAAAGACUUUGAGCACAUCAGAACAAUCCUACUCCCGAUUUUGUGCUUACACCAGGCAGGAAUCUAGAGAGGAAGAGGAAUCCAGAGUGACUGACCUUUACUCAUGCCAGAGAAAUGCAGAAGAUGAUAAUGAAAAUGAUGUAUCUUCUCUUGCACCCUCAAAUGCUAAAAGCAAAGAUGCAAUCUACGCGGAUUUAAAGUCAGAGGAGCUGGUGAGGGAAAUUGUAGAUAAAGAUAAAUCUCUUGCGGACAUUUUAGAUCCAAAUGCCAAGAUGAGAACUACCAUGGACUUAAUGGAGGGAAUCUUUCCAAAAGAUGAACAUCUUCUAGAAGAAGCUCAGCAGCGUAGAAAACAUCUCCCAAAAAUACCAUCCCCAAGAUCAACAGAUGACAAAAAAGAUGAGCAAAAUGUCCCAUCAGCUGUUUCUCUGACAACCAGUUCCACGUAUUACAGCACUUCAGCAGCCAAAGCCGAGCUCCUUAUUAAAAUGAAAGACAUGCAGGAGCAGCAGCACAUUGCGGAGAAUUCAGAGGAUGAGCUGGGUCAGAACCUAUCCGAGAAAAAGCAAGAACUGAUUGACAGCAUUAGCAAGAAGCUGCAGGUCCUGCGAGAUGCAAAGGAAACCCUGUUAGAAGAUGUCCAGUGUAACAAUGCUCUGGGGGAAGAGGUAGAAAUCAUUGUGAAAGAAGUCUGCAAACCAAAUGAAUUUGACAAAUUCAGGAUGUUCAUUGGGGAUCUGGAGAAAAUCGUCAAUCUUCUGCUGUCACUUUCUGGGCGACUUGCUCGAGUGGAAAAUGCUCUUAAUAACUUGGAUGAAACCGUGUCUCCUGAAGAGCGGAAAACACUGUUGGAAAAAAGGAAAUUACUUACGAGACAGCAUGAAGACGCAAAGGAACUGAAGGAGAACCUAGACCGGCGUGAGCGCACCGUUUAUGAGAUUUUGGCUAAUUACCUUAAUGAGGAAAACCUUGCAGAUUAUGAGCACUUUGUGAAGAUGAAGUCGGCACUCAUCCUUGAGCAGCGAGAGCUGGAAGACAAAAUCAAGCUUGGAGAGGAGCAGCUCAAAUGCCUGACCGAUAGUCUUCCAUUGGAUCGUAUCAAGUAGGAAUCAGACGAGCUGCUCAGCCAAAUGUGGACUUCUGCCUUUGCCUGUUAUUCUCUGAGUUUUCCUAUGUUCAAAUUAGUAGCAUUACUCAUGUUUGUGGAUGUCUCACAAAAUGGAAAUACUAAUCUCUAGCAAUACCCUUGGUUUUAUUGGAUGACGCCGCAUAUUUCAUUUUCUAAACAUUUUACUGUACAGAUUGUAUCCCUUUAUUUUAGACUCUCUAGACAUUCCUAAUAGAAAUGGAAGUUAAACUGUGUCACUUUCCUUCUGAUGGCGAGCUCUGUUACAAAAUUGCAUGUAGAAAGGUCUUUCGGCUGGUAAUGAUCCUUUUACGUACGUCCAACCUGCUAAAACCCCAGCAGUGAAAUCAUGUGACAAGAAAUGUGAUUUGUUUAGAUUUUAUAUAUACAAUGUUUAACUGUACGAUUACUGCCCUGCCGUUCCAUUCCUCAUACUGUCCUUGUACUGAUUUUAUUUAUCAUUGUGCUGUUUUCUCACAUUUUGGAGAAAAAAUAAACAGUAUAAAUCUA